AACCAACAAAAUGAAGUAAACCAAAAAUGAUCUCACUGUCCUUAAUUUAGUCGCAUUAUAAUAACAGCGCAUGCGUGAAAUGUCUGCUUCUUUCAACUCUACAGCACAGUGUAUAGCACUCUCUCGCUCGCACACUGUCAAUCAGCUGUUCUACCAACAUGGCCACGUUAAGCCGUACAUCUAGCAAAUUAAUCAAAAAAGUGCAGUUUUCACCAGUUUUUAGUCGAAAUUUUAGUAAUACCAAGAUAAAUAAUACGUAUAGGAAUGUGUUUAAUACGUGUUCGUGUUUGUUCGGUGGCAGUGUGUUGUUUUACGCCGCAAAAACGUAUUCGAGAAGUAACACCGUCUACGCUCUCAAAGCUAAGCCCGACGAGCUGGCGAAAUCGGUGAAACUUACGUCUCGAGAGCGUCGAUUCAUCAAGUUCGCGUCAGUCGAGUACAAUGGCCAGCUGUACAUGACGCCUCAGGACUUCCUCGAGUCCGUGGUCGAGCAGGAACCUAGACCGCGACUAAAACGACGAGUUUUGACGACGAAGGAGAUCGAACAGCUGAGGGACAGCACGCCCGCCCUGAAGAAGGGCUCCCCACAAAUGUUCCGCAGUUUACGGGACCGGGGGAUUAUUUCAUACACAGAGUACCUGUUUCUUCUAUCUAUAUUAACAAAGCCGGCGUCGGGCUUCCAGAUAGCCUUCAACAUGUUCGACACGGACGGCAACCAAAGAGUAGAUAAGAAUGAGUUUCUAGUCAUCCAGAGGUUGCUGGGGGGGUCGUUCAGGGAGCGAAAGAACCUGGACGCCAAGAGCAAGGAGGCUCUGCUUACGUUAGUGUCGUCCAGUGCGAUCAAGAACAAAGUGGAGGAAAAAACGACCGCAAAGCCUUCGACAAUGGAGAAAAUCUUCAGCUUCGCAUGGCGCGGCAAGCGCGGGUUGGAGAGCCAAGAUGGCGGCGACGCCGACAAGCCGCAGGACUCGUAUGUAAAUGACGAGCAGGGGCUGCAGCGGCGGCACAACGUCGAUACUCUACUGCAGGUCCAUUUCUUCGGCAAAAAGGGCACGAGCGACCUGAAGUUUGACGGUUUCAAGCAGUUCAUGGAGAACUUGCAGACGGAAGUGUUAGAGCUCGAGUUCCAAGAGUUCGCCAAAGGUCACGAGACAAUAUCCGAAGUGGACUUCGCUAAGAUCCUCCUCCGCUACACGUACCUCGACACAGACGAAUACGACAUGUAUUUAGACCGUCUCUUGGACCGCAUGAAGCUCGAACGAGGCAUCACUUUCCCGGAGUUCAAGACCUUCUGUCAGUUCCUGAACAAUUUAGAUGAUUUCACUAUUGCUAUGAGGAUGUAUACGCUGGCUGAUCAUCCUAUCUCUAAAGACGAGUUCCACCGCGCGGUAAAGAUCUGCACGGGCAUCUCGCAGUCGGAGCACCUCGUGACCACCGUGUUCGCCAUCUUCGACGCGGACGGCGACGGCCUGCUCAGCUACAAGGAGUUCAUCGCCAUCAUGAAGGACCGCCUGCACCGCGGGUUCAAGUCUUAUGCCAAGAACGAGGGUUGGGAGGCGUUCAAAUCCUGCGUCAAGCAAGAGAUGAAGAGCUCCGUUUAAACGUAUAAUAGGUACAAUUUAGCUCAAUUCAUGCCAUAUGCCUUUAAAUCUCAUAGAAUAUUUGGUCGACAAAUAGAUCUCAAUAAUAAAAACGUAAUUAUUAUAACCACUAUACUCGAGUACGAGGUACACAAUAAUGGCAUACAUGGACUAAAUAACUGUAGAACGGCUUUCCUUCAAAACUUUAUUUACAAAAAAAUUAAAAUAUAUCUAAAUCUUAUAAAUAAACAAAGAGGUCAAAUGUUAACGCAAAAAAAAAAUGAAAAAUAACCGGUUAUUUGUUCCGUGUAUAACAUGUUUUAUUCUUUGGGGUCUACUUAAAUUCAUCCCUUUUUAGGGAGUUUUGACACUUCAAAUUAUUAGUAAAAUGUAAUGAAAGGACGUAAAUCGAAGAAUAAAGGCAUUUUUCCCCUGUAAAAUACUUUACUAUUUCUUGUUGUAAAUAAUAUUUUUCUGGAUUUUUUUUCUCAAGGGGUCAUGUAGUUAUAAUUUUUGUAAUCAUUUAACAAAUAAGUGGUUGUCGUUAACAGUGAUUUUGUUUAAGUGAUAAUUUAUUCAUGGUUUUAAAUAAUUUAUACUCGUUUAUGAUUGUGACUUAACAAAGGAGUAGAACUCCGUUUUGGAAGGCCAAUUUAAUCAAAUUUACGAGAACACGUGCCUUAGUUCGUAUUGUCAUGUUAUUAAAGGUUAUAUUUGUCUAAUUCGCGCGUCAUCGAGUAUGUAUAUCUUGAAGGAAUUAAAACUGGAGUCGCGUUUAAUAGCUUACCCCUCCGUCGAAAACCUCGGCCGAUGGUCAAAUGUAUUGUACAGACUGACGUUUAUCUGACACGGCUAUUUAUACGUUACGUAUAAUCGGCAGACUGUUUUGUACAGAAAAUUACAGACAAGGCGUCUCCAGUCGGUAAAUCCUCGAAGAUGUAUAUGCUUACGCGGUGCAUAUUAAAUUGUCAUUUGUAGUAAUUGUGUGUGACUAUCAUUGUCAUUUAUUUUCUACUCUAAAACCGGGUCGAAAAUAACGAAUUCUUUUGAUUUUUCAUUCAAAUUAACUUGUUUACUAUCAUGAGUUUAACAAACCACAAAUAAAUACAGUAUGUAAAGUUACGAAAAGCCUUAAAAGCCUUAGAAUUUUUUUAAAAGCUUUUAUUUAACCCUGUUAGUUAGCGUGGAUCAAAUCUUGGAAGCUAAAUUUGACCCACUCAGCCAUUUCCGAUUGAGCUAAAAAUUUUCAUUUAUAUGUAAAUCGGAUGAUAUGCAGAUGAUCUGAUGUUGGAGACAGAGAACCCUGUGAUAAAACAACGCAAAAUAAUUAUGUUUGGGGUUGUUACAAUUUUCUCGAUGAGUAUUAAUUUCCUGUGGAAAGAAAAGUACAGCCAGCGAUAAAAGCUACCAAAAAUGAAACUUUUGCCAAAAACUUGUAACGCCACAAAACAUAGGCGAUAUCAAAGUGGGAGAUUAUGGAGGUUCUAGAAUAAACAAGUUUCAAUGCUUUAUUUGCGAAAAAGUAACUAAAAUUUGACCAGGUGACCCCCCUGUCCAUAUAGCUGAAUCCGCCCUUGCGCCAGUAAUUGAUAAGAUGCUUUUCGUGAAUUUACGUACUGUAUAGAACUUUCGGUCACUAACUAACAACCUUUUGAACGCCAGGCCUAUCGCACGCGGCGCGUAAUCGUGAACCUUCUCGGAUGGAGGUUGAUAUUGGACUGUAGCCGCGCGCGUCAUAUGACGUCUUUGGCGCUCAAAAGGUUAAAUCUUAAUAUGUAUGCCUAUUUGAUGUCAUUAUCUGUAACUUCCUAAAUUAAUUUCAAAUGGAUCGAUUGUGAAUGCUACUUAAAAUAACUACAAACCAAGAUAAGUAGGCAGUGAUUUUGAAAGCCCAGACGGUGCAAUGCACUUAAGUGUUAUUUUCUUAGGUCAAAACUUCUAUGAAAUUGUGACUUGACGUUAAUAACACUUACACCGUCUGGGCUAUCAAAAUCACUGCAAACUUAGCUUGGUCUGACUUUACGCUCUUACCGAAAAAAAAAGAGAUGAUAGGUAAUUUACCUACAUAGUGAAGUAAAGGUAUAGUUAAUGAUGUCCAUACUCUAGCUUCAGGUAGGCAGUAUUUCUCACCUCAUUUAGUAUUAAGUUUCAGUCUCAAAAUUUAAUUGAUUUAAGUGUUAGUCAAAAUUGUUAUCCUUGCCUUGGCCAUGAUUUAAAUUUAUGCUUACGGUUUUAGCAAAUUAUAGACUUUGUCGCCUACAUUUUAGCGAAUAUUUGUAACGAACAGUUUUUACUAGUCAGUCGAAUAAGUGUACAAAAUAAAUAAUAUUUUAUAUUGUUAAUUUAAUAUCUUUAGGACUUCAAAUAGCACAAUUAAAUCAUUAUUUUCCUUGUUGUAAGCCGUGGGCCAAUUAUACCCGACAGAUUUUAACCACGCAUUCCUGAGGUCAUAAGGACCAAAAAAUGUUAGGUAUAUGAGUUUUGGCCAAAUUCGCCAAAAAAAUUUUUUUUUUUUUGCCAUAACAAUUUUUGUUGCGUUUUCUACACACGACACGAUAUUUAUUUUUAAACCUUGGUGAAAAAGAUCAUUAUAACGAAUAAGUCGUUUUUUUUUAUUAUUAUUUACAGAUAAAAAUUGCGAGUUUACUUUAAAACUUUAAUGUCUGUCACAAAAAUGUCAACACAAAAAUUGACAUUAUCUCUAAAACAAGACCGUUUCCAGGAUACUUCGUAUGACAUUUUAGUCUCUAAAUGCGGUCAAGAAUACACCUUUGAAAUCUGUCGGGUUUAAUUGACCCACGGUGUAUAAACCUUUUGAACGCCUACGACCACUAUACCACUCAGAGAGCCAUCGUCCAAAUUCUUCGAGUAUGCAAUGAUAACCUCUAGGGCCACCAUAGAAGAAAAAAAUAUAGUCAAAUUUGAAUCAAUGGUCUUAGAAAAGAGAAUCGAAAUUGUUUCGUUUGAAAAAUCGAACGAAACAAAACAAAAUUAAAGCAACUCUGUUUCUUUCAAUAAUGAUUUAAAUUUACGUGGAGUUCAUUUCUACUAUACUAUACUAGUGAUAACCACUCACAUGCUUUUGAUAGCUGUAGCUACGCUGUCACCCUUAUUUUAUUAUAAUAAUAGAAGUCACUGAAAAAUUUAACGUGAUUGGUUAGGACCGUGGAACGCUAGAGGUUAAAAAGUACCACCAAGAAUAAAAUUCUCCUUUACAAAAAUAUUGGCUUGAGACAAACUUUUUUAAAUACCUAAAUAUAGUCUGGCAUGCAAAGUAUGUCAGUAGCAAUGUACAGCAAAGUGAAGUAGGGCAACACUCAAAAAGGAGUAUUGCGUUGGUAUUGCGCUAAGAAUAGCAGCAAUGUACAUCGAACCAAAAACAUGUAACUAUCAUAACCUCAAAUAUUACCAAUAUUUACGAUCAACGACCGUGAUUGUAUAUUGUAGGCACCUUGAAUUUGCUUAAGUUCAAGCACAAGCUUGUUGAAUAUAUUGGUAUUUAAUGGUGACAGCAGAAAUUUCUCUUGAAAUAGAAACGAUUCAGAAUGUAAACAAACAUUAUAGCUGUCAUUCAUUUUCCACAUUCCACAGAUAAAACACGGAUUACACGCGAUUUUGGAAUUAUUCGAAAACAGUGUUGCUAACCCGCGAUUUUUCAAAUUUGCCGCCUUUUGCUACUGACAGGAUUUGCUUGACCGAGUAUAUGUAGUAUGGCAUUCAAAGGGUUAAAUUAUAAAUGUAAUGGCAAAAAAAUAAAAAACGUGAUAAAAACUUUUUAACCUAUUCGCCGCCAUUGACUUGAUAUAGAGUCAGUAGAUUUCGUGCCCCAAACGCCACGACGUCAUAUCAAGUCGUGGUUUUAGUCAGGUUUGUACACGAGCAAAUUUUUGGCGUGGCGUUGGCAACACUUUAUUACUUCAUUGACGUGGCGGCGAAAAGGUUAAAAUUCAAAAGAGUAGUUGAGAAUUUCGAUCAUGCUAAUAGAUAGGUGCUUUAUAAUUUUUAUAAAAUGUAUCGGUCUCAGGAAAAGGGAAACUUAGUGGAACAAGACAAUUGGGUCCGCAGCAAGCUCAGCCGGAUUUCCUAUACAAACGGAAUUUUGUUCUCAUUUUAAACCUACGUAUUCGAUUGUAAUGAAACUUUGCACAUACAAUGAUAUGAAGUAUAUCUAUGCCUGUAAUUGAUUUAUGCAGCUCCAGCUUAUAAAAAAAAUAGAGCAAAAACAAGUUUUGUAUGAAAAAACUUAAAGUAACUGUAUUUUUUAAACUAAUUACCAAAUAAAUAAAUUAAGUAUAAAGUUUCAGAAUAAUCUAGCUAGUCGUUUUAAAAUGAGAACGUAACUACAUUGGUAUGAAGAACUGAACUUACUGCGGACUCUUAGGCCAAUAUUAGCAUUAGCAAGUCUCAGUUCAAAAGCGAUUAUCAUACUAAGGUGUCUUUUCCUGAGAUUGGCGGAGAAAUAUUAUGUACUUCAGCAGAUUAAGUAACAGCAGCGAAGGUCGUAUUGGUUUAUUACAGGUCAUACCAGUGUUGAGUUAGUCUUAAGACCUUUUGCCAAUAGUAAAAAUGUUUUUAUUAGUCGGACUAAGCUAACUCUGCACCGCAUUUUCAAAUUUCUAUGAAAAUAUAAUGUUUAUGAGCCACCCCACACUAGCUGGCUGCUGCUCCACGCAACGUUGGCGCAACUGAGCAGCGACGCUAUUUUCCAUCGCGCUGACUAGAGGCCGACGCUCAAAAGACGCUAGUGUGGGGUGGCGCUAUAAUGACGCCCCCUCAUUUAGCUCUGUUCAAAUCAGUGCAAAGUUAGCUUAGACAGACUAGUACAGUCACGUCUAAAAAUAUCGAUACGGACCUAGUCUCAAAAAUAUGUAUAAACGACCUUACUACCCAAAUAUUAAGGUGUAUACAUAUUUUUGACACUUGUCCGUAUUUUCAGACGUGACCGUAAAAGAACGGCCAUGGACAUGGACGAAAUGUCUCCUGCGCCAAGUGUCAACCACUUGUUUCAACUGGUUGACACUUGGCAAAAACCAGAAGACCAGGAGUGCUCACUCCAUACAACGGUUUUGUUACCAACAAUACUAUUAUUUUCGUAGUCUGCAUCUAGCGUCAAAUAGCGGAACUCUCAGUACUGCUACUCGACCAUAGAUGUCGCGGCAAACAAAAAUUUUAAUGCCCAAAGAUUUUCAGCUAAUAUUGUAACUAGAGUAAGCGUAGGAGUUAAAAUUUGAGUUCCGGUUACUCUAGUCUACAUUAUUAGCGGAAAAUCUUUGAGCAAUAGACUUUUUGUUUGCCGCGACAUCUAUGGUCGAGCAGCAGUACUGAGAGUUCCGCUACUUGACGCUAGAUGCAGACUACGACAAUAAUAGUAUUUUUGGUAACAAAACCGUUGUAUGGAGUGAGCACUCUUGGUCUUCUUAAUUCUCUUUGCUUUGGUUGAAAUUGUGUCGUCCCGCUGCUGUGUCUUAUUUGCAGGAUUUGUGCUUCGUUUUUGUACUUCAACUCAUUAAAUAUUUAUUGAAAA